GUGUGGAGGGCGUGACCUGCCACGGUUUGUUCUUAGGCCCCUGCCUGGGAAGAUGGCCUACUAUGGAAAAUGCCUCGAAGCUGUGAUUGAGCAACUCGACAAAUUUACACCCAAGAGGGACAACCCUGAGCAAUUCCUGGAGGCCGCGGCCACCUCCCUGCAGGCUCUGAGCCCCCGGAAGCAGGGCUUUGUUUUGGAGGUUCUGUCUGGGUGCCUCGAGUACCGGAAGCUGCUGACUGUCGUGGUGGAUGCCUUCUACGCGCAGGAUGGCCGACUCUGCCUGAGGGUCGACCGCAGCCGCUUCAAGGUGAUCUGCUACCUAGCCACAUUCCUGCUGGAGGAACUCGGCUUCCAGCUGUUCUGUGACAUCAUCAAGUCCCAGCCCGUGGACAAGAUGUGCAAGUUCCUCAGGUUCUUCUUCAACCCCCUGCACCUAUGCUCAUGGAUCAAGGACGAGUGGAGCCUCAUCUACGAGCCAGCCCACGUGAAGGAGAACUGGAUCGACCCCCUGAUAAGAUGGCAACCAGAGGUCCAGGAGCUCAUCAGUCACCUGGAGGGCGCGUCUGUCAGUCAAUCCUCUCCUUUAAAGACCAAGGCCAAGGUCACAGAGCCCAAGGAAUUCAACCUGACUGCCCCCAAGCCUCGCACCAUUCCAGCGCCCGAGCCAGUCCCGGUUGUGGCCAAGCCGAGACCAGUCCCCCAGAGCACCUACCGUACGCCCAAGGAGCAGCAGCAGCUGGAGACGGUCAAGAGGUACAACCGCCGAAAGGCCGAGGAGCUGCUGCUGAGGGCAAACGUUGAGGAACUGCGCUGCGCCAUGCCCAGGUCCUGCAGGGAGCCCACACAGGGCUCCAAGCAGCAGCUGCAGCUUCAGUUCCCACCCCGAAUCCGAAAGACUCCAAAGCUGACCUUCUAUAGGCCCGACAGCGUCCUGGUCAAGCUGAACACCACGGCUAUCCUGCGGGAAGGGGCCUUGUACCAGCGCCAGGUGGAGCAAGAGCUGCAGAGGGUUGAUAAGCUUGUGGACGGGGCUGGGGACUUCUCUGAGUUCCUCGAGUGGCAGAAGAAGAUGCAGGCGAAGGACCGGGAGGAGCAGCUGGCCGCGGGCGAGUGCCGGCGGCUGCAGGGGAAGCUCAGCCACGAGGAGGCCGUCCUGGCCCGGCAGAGCCUCGUGCAGGAGAACAAGCAGAAGGCGGAGCAGCAGAAGGAGCAGAUGGCCAAGUUGAUGCUGCAACAUGCCAAGAGACGGCUCCAGGAGGACAGGUCCAGGAAGGAGCUGGUGGAGCAGGUCAUAGAGGGGCAGAAGAACGUCAAGGCAGCUCAGGCGAAGCUUGUGAAGGGCCGGCGGCAGACAGUUCAGGAGGUGAUUGAAGCAAGCCGGGGGUUGCUGCAGCGCAGGGCACAGGAGGCCCAGGAGGAGCAGCGGCGCCGCUGUGAACUCAUCUCCCAGCUGCGUGCACUGGAGACGCAGCCCACGCGCAAGGGCAAGCUUGUGGACCUGACCCAGAUCCCCAGCUACGGCCUGGAAGGAGAGAUGUCCAUAGUGGAGCUGCGAGAACGGCUGGCCCUGCUCAAAGAGAAUCGGCGGCACGAGGAGGAAGAAAAGCGGGAUCAGAUCAUUCAGAGCAAGCGCACCAAGAGCCAGGAACUGCAGGACACGCUGGAGCAGAUCUCACUGUGCCGAGCAGCCAUGGGGAGAUCCGCAGCCUUGAGGUGGGAGGAGAAGAAGGCGGCCCCGGCGGCGCCCACGCAGGACGAGCGCGUGCAGCAGCUGCGGCGCAGGAUCUCGGAGAGGGCGGCGGAGCGCUCCAAGCAGGCGGCCUUGCUGCACGUGUCGGCGCCGCGGGCCGCGCGCCCCAAGCCUCGGGCGCAGCUGGAGGCCCAGCACUGGCUGGAGCAGGAGCGGAGCCGCGAGCGCAGGCUGAGGGCGCUGCAGCGGGGAGGCUCGGGACCCGGGCCAGCGCGCCGCCUGGAGGCUGCCUGAGCCGGGCGGAGCGCGCCCCAGCAGCUGCGGGCCACGCCCCAAUAAAGCGUGCGGCCCGCGGUGCGCGCCUCCUCUUCCUCGGCCUGGAACCCCUCAGACCCGGACCCCCUGCCCCCGCACCCUGACCGCACCCCGCUCCCUCCCUCGUCCCCGUCUGCCCAGAGAAGAGUUGCCAGAUAAAAGGCAGGACGCCCAGUUGCUGCACGGGGGCAAACUUAUGCUAAACAAGUAUCCGCCCCUUAUCGGGAAUUCCACUUAACUGGGCGUCCUGCGUUUUUAUAAGCGAAAUCCCAGGUCCUAGCACUUCCCUACAGCCCAGCGCAAGGCAUUCCUGGUGCCCACCUCUUUGAAGCUCCCAGACCCCUUCCGAUGUGGAAAUCUGGAACCCCCACCCUUUGCCGGCAGCCAGGUGGCUUCACCUGGGGAAUCCUCAAGACUAGGUGGCCACUGUGAGUGUGCGUCUGGCCGGGUAAGUGGCCAGUAUUCUGGAACGCAGCGUUGCCCUGGCCCUUCACGGGCCCCCACCAUCCUCACUACGAACUGGCCUGCUCUGUUCUGCUGAGGAGGAGGAGGCCACCAGUGCUCAAAGAGGGAUGUGACCUGCCUAGAGGGCCAGAACUCAGAGCUUCACCUGGCUGACUUUAGAGCAUCCCCUCCUCCCCUUUCUCCAGCAUGAGAAGCAGGCAGAUCCAACAAGAUCAGGGCCACUGGAGGCAGCAGUUCACCCAGGGCAGGGACCAAGAUGGCUGGGUUCUGCAGUGUCCAGGGCGUCAGCUCGAGAAGGCUCCACCUUGAGGACAGGCUUGCUGAGUGAAUACCUGCUGGUGAAAGCCUCCAG